AUGCUAACAAAGCUUAAACUCAUUGGCCUAGGAAGUUUUGAAAAAUGGGUUUACCCAGCUGAACAAGAGUCUUCCAUUGAUGGAGACUUGUUGCCAUUAGAUGCUCAUAUGUUCCCUCUUUUGCAAGUUCUGAUUAUUAGGAAGUGCCCGAAACUGUUGGGGUUGCCUUUCUCAAACCACAUUACUUCCACUGAUUGGUUCCCCAAGCUACAAGUGCUUGAGUUACGUGACUGUCCUGAAUUCUUGCCAGUGAUUCCCAUCUCCUGGAUCGGAAGUCUGCAUUCUGUCAUGAUGAAAUGUGUAGAGAUGCUAAAUGCGUUUGAGUACUCAAAAUCAUUUGAUAGAGCUGUAUUGGAAAUUCUUGCAGAGGAUGAUCUGCAUACCUUAGACCAAGUGUUAGUGUUUGAUAAAGAAAUAGGUCUUGAGCACUUGGUACUCGAGAGGUGCCCACCUCUGGAGUUGAAGCACCUUCUGAUGCUAACCUCGCUAAAGAUAUUGUUUGUACAACAUUCAGAUUGUUGGUUUGGACCACUAGGAGGUCAAGCUGAUGUGGAAUGGCAACUCCCUGUUGCGCAUAUGCGGAUAUGGGACUUAAAUGGUAAUAGUGGGGAGGAAUUGACAGAGCUCCUCCCCCACCUCCCAAAUCUCUCCAAAUUGAAAAUAAUAGAGUGUAAAAGCAUAAAACAACUGGUGGUGGGCCUGAAUGUGCAACAAACAACAUCGGAAGCAGCAGCAGAGGAAGAGGAUGGUGGGAUGCUGGCCUUCCCAGCUGAUCUAUGUGACUCGCUACAGGAAUUGGAGUUCUUUGGCUGCCCAGAGCUGGUCCUAGUGGACCCACCAAUGCUCCAAGCCUUGCGAUCCCUCCAGAGAUUAUGCAUAAUGAAUACCCCAAAGUUUAUAUCCACCUUCUUGUUUACCCGUCACAUUUUUCCAUCCUCCCUGCAGUUCCUGCAGCUUUGGGGUGUGGAAGGCCUGGAGACUGGAGCCCCUCUCAAACCUCUCUUCCCUUACUGGAUUAGAUGCAGAGAGGAUCUGAAAUGUCAGGGCUUGCAGUUUCUCCUUACCACCGGCGGCAAGCUGAACGAAUUAACAGUCCUUGGCAGCCGAAGGUUCUUUGAUGGUUGGGAUCCCAAUCCCAUAUGCGCUUUGGAGGACGCUGAAGGAGGAGAAGAGCAGCAGACAUGGCUUGUUUCAUCCACACUGCAGAAACUUUGCACGGAUCACGUGGAAGGAGGACUUCUUGCUGCACCCAUCUGCGGCAUCCUCUCUUCCUCCCUCACCGAGCUGAAACUUUGGUCUCAAGGAGUUGGAGAGCGCUUCAGCAAGGAGGAAGAGGACGCUCUUCUGCUCCUCUCCUCCAUCCAGCAACUUGAGUUUCAGAGAUGCAACUUCCUUCAGCAACUCCCUGCAGGGCUGAGCAACCUUACGAGCCUCAAGAGAUUAUCAAUCUACGCCUGUCAAGCGGUCUCGUCAUUGCCCAUCAAUGGGUUCCCCAAAUCACUACAAGAGCUAGAUGUCAGAUUCUCCAACAAGGAGCUAAUACAGCAGUGCAGGGGGUUGGCCAUCCACUGUGCAGCACAAUGCCUUGGUAGUUCCCCUGUACAUUCGUUUAGCCUUGUGGAGCUCUUCCUUUUCCAUACAAACACAUCUGCCACAUGCAUGACAUGA